CCACAUUUGCCGAACAGCGUCGCUGCUAUGAAAGUGUGCCCACUCAUCGCCUAUCUGACUAUAUCUAUUUACCAUUGUUUUCAUUAAUAGUUUCAAGAUCCAACCUCAUUUUACAGUAUACCGAUGAUAAAAAUUAUUUAGUUAUUCGAUUGAUUUCGACAUGCCUGAAGAAGAAUCGAUAAAAAAAUCUCACCCAGACCAAUUCCUAAUAAGACCCUGUCAUUUAUAUAAAGAGGAAUUUCAUGAGUGUGAGAGGCCCAAAGGGAGAUUCCAUCAAUACUUUAUAUACGGGGAUUACCUUGAUUGUAACCAAUGGCAAACGGACAUUAAAAACUGCAACCUUUGGAAAGAAUCUGGCGAUGAACAAGCAUACGAAGAAUUAAUUGCGAGUGAAAGAAAACGCAGAUUAGAAAGAUUGAAACCACAUUAUCAAAAUGACGUAUGGAAGAAAAGAGACAAACCUCCAGAAAAUUGGAAUGCACCACUGCCAGAAUGGUUUGAGGAACAAAACAAAAAUUCUUAUUUAGCUGUAAAAGCUAGAGACAUCAGAAAUGGAACUGUGGAUGAUUUUGACAUGAAAAUGUAUAAUGCGUGUUCUAUACUGUAAAUUUAGCAAUAGAUUAUUAUUGUUUUGUAAAUAAUAAAAGCGGUUAUUUAUACAUA